AAAACUAGAAAAUGGCAUUUUGGUAAUUACUAUAAAAUCCAAUACCAAUUAUGUAUCCAAUGAUUUAUAUAAGCAGCAUAACACACAACCCUACAGCAUCAUACCAUCCACAAUAACAAACCAAAAAUCUAUUGUUAAUUCAAACCAAACAAAAAUGUCUCUUGUGACAGAUGAAAUCAGGGCAAGUGCAUCAGAAAUUUACCAUGGGGAUGCACUUGGUCAAGAAAAGUCAAAGUUUUUGCUAACUGAAAUGGGACUACCCAAUGGUUUGUUGCCUCUAGAGGACAUAGAGGAAUGUGGGUAUGUCAAAGACACUGGCUUUGUGUGGCUUAAACAAAAGAAAUCCAAGGUACACAAGUUCGAAAAGAUCGGGAAGCUCGUUUCGUACGCGACUGAGGUAACCGCGGUUAUAGAGAAGUUUAAGAUCAAGAAACUCACGGGUGUUAAAAGUAAGGAGCUUUUGAUGUGGAUCACAUUGAGUGAGAUCACGGUUGAUGACCCGCCAACCGGAAAGAUCACUUUUACAGCCACUUCUGGCCUUUAUAGAACCUUUCCCGUUUCGGCUUUUCAAAUUGAGGAUGUGAAGAAGGAUGUGAAGGAGGGUGCACCACAAGUUGGUGUGGCUAAGGAUGGUCAAGUGGUUGAGGAUGUGAAGAAGGAUGCUGGUGCUACACAAGUGGAUGUGGCUAAGGAGACCAAAGUCCAAGAGGUUUGAGUUAAGUGUUUUGCAUCUAGUGAUGAAGUUUUCACUUUUCAUAUCAUAUAUAGCAAUGAAGUAAUCUUUGUUGGGGGCUUUUACUUUGUGUUGUACCAUCUUAUCAAUAAUUGAACAUCUUAUAUGAAGUGUUUAUUACUUUA